AAAAAAAAAACGACGACGUAGUGGGAACAAGUGAGAAAGGCAGAGUGCGCAAGGCAAUGGAAGUACACAAUUAACCAAUCGCUUCCAUCUCAAAUAAAAAUAAAAAAAAAAAAUAAUAUAACCAUCUGAAUUCCCUUGUGGGUUUCUGGAAUUCUUCUGUCUUUCCAAUUCAAUCAUCGUUGUUGAACUCCGCGAGAGCAAAGCCAUGCCCCGCGGAGUCCCUACAACCAUCUUCUUCACUUUCCUUCUUAUCCUUUUCUUCGCCUUCUUCUCUCUCCAUCUCAACCGCAGCGCCCUCUCUGGCAACGCCGACGCCAACGCCAACGCCAACGCCGACGCCUUCCUCUAUCGCCCCUCCUCCGAUCACAACCUCUCUGCUCGUCCCACCAAUAAGAACUCCGCUUUCUACAACUACGCUAUCCAUGAACAACAACAACAACAACAACAACAUUCCAUUUCCCGUCACGUUUCUUCUAUCAACUUCUCCCUCCGCUCCGUCUCCGUUCUCAUUCCCGAUUGGGAGAUUUUGGCCAUCGUCUCCCCGGGGACUCCAUUCUCGCCUCUCGCCUCCGGAGACGAUUACGUCUGCGUUUUCCAGAACAAUGCCACGUCUCCAGCGAGAUUCUCCGGGAAGUUGCCCUUUACUAAUCGAACUACCUUCAAAUGCCUAAUGCCGAAUAGCGUCCGUCGUCUCCGGCCCUUCUUUAUGCCGACUCUGACCAAGGCAACGGAGAACCAGCCGUCGAUUUCCUCGGCUUCUGCUGAUGCUGAGCUUUACAGGUGGAAUUUCUUGGUGUAUGAGUCGUUUUCCACCGAUGAUGACGUCGUUCUGUUCGUCAAAGGCGUGAAUCAAAGACAGGGGAUUAACCGUUCCCCAAGCGUCUUCAGGUGCGUGUUUUUCCAUCCCUCAAUUAAUAACCCCGUCAAGACCGACGUUACGAGUUCCAGCCAAGAGGUCUUCAGGUGUCGCCACCCCAAAUUCAAUACGACGUCGGUUCUUAGCUCCGCGACCGAGAUCAGAAUGUCCCUGGAAAUGGUGGAAGAAAACCGGGUGGUUCCUUCGGUUGCUUAUUACAUCCCAAGAUCCAGGUCCCGGUCCCGGAGCUCCGAAGCAGUUGAGAUGGAGCGGCCAAAACCAAAAUCGAAACUGUGCGCAUGUACAAUGGUGUUCAACGUGGCAAAGUUCUUGAAAGAGUGGGUGGUUUACCAUUCCAAAAUUGGGGUGGACAAGUUCAUUUUGUACGACAACGCGAGCCAUGACCAUUUGGAACGUGUGGUUGAGGAGCUCAACCGAGAAGGUUACGACGUGACGGCGUUGUUUUGGAUUUGGCCCAAAACCCAGGAAGCCGGUUUCUCCCAUAGUGCCUUGUAUGCAUCCGAAUCCUGCACCUGGAUGAUGUACGUGGAUGUGGACGAGUUCGUUUUUUCUCCGUCAUGGGCCGCCGCCGCUGCUGUUGCUAAUUCCAUUUCUAAUGAUCACAACCUCAAAUCUCUGCUGCCGGGGGUCCCACAUCCAUCAUCAUCAUCGCACGAUUCGCCCCGCCGCACCGGUCAAGUUUCAAUAAGCUGCAACGAAUUUGGUCCGUCGAACCAACGGUCCCACCCAAUUGAAGGUGUGACGCAGGGGUACACGUGUCGGAGGAAGAUUGAGCAGCGGCAUAAAUCCAUUGUACUGUUGGAUGCGGUGGAUCCAUCGCUGCUCAACGUGAUCCACCAUUUCAAAUUGAAAAACGGUUACGAGAGUAAGCAAAUGAGCUUGGAGAAUGCGGUGGUGAACCAUUACAAGUACCAAGCGUGGCCGGAGUUUCAGACGAAGUUUCGCCGGAGGGUGUCGGCUUACGUUGUUGAUUGGAAGGAAACUGUGAACCCCGCUUCCAAGGACAGAACACCUGGAUUAGGCUUCCAGCCAAUUGAGCCGGAAGGCUGGUCCCACAUGUUUUGCGAGGUUAGAGAUGAGCGCUUGAAGGUGCUUACGCGGAGAUGGUUUGGAUCCCAUACUCUAAACGGCUUCAAAAUGGUUUGGCAAAUGUGAAUGUGAACAUAUUGUUUUUCAAUCCAUUCCUUGCAUAAGGAUUUUGAAGAUCGAGUGCAGCAGAUUUAAUUUUGAUGGUAGAUUCAAUUUUGAUUAAAAUUGGUGACUUGGACUCGGAGAGUUCAUAUUGCAUUUGGAAAGGGGCAUAGAAUGAGGUGGAGUAGUGAUAUUGAUUUUGGGCCCCAUUUUUCUUAAUUGUUCAUAUCAUUCUGUUAAUUCCUUCUGAUGAGGGGAGAGAGAAAGGAUUUUUGUUUUUCCUCUUCCUUUAACGUUCAACUGUUAAAUGAUUGGACCUUGUAGUCGAAAUGAGAAAGAGACUAGCAAUGGAAUUUAUUAUUCCUUCAAUUGAUUUCUUUUUAUUUUUUAAUCUCCUUAUGGUUUCUAGUUUACUUUGGUAUUGUUCUAUGAAUUUUACUUAUUCAGUUUGUUUAUUGUUAGACUAUGUAUGUAUUUUAUAUGUAUGUCUCGAGGAAGAUGAUUGGAGUAAUUUUUUAUUUUUAUUUUUUGGUUAUAUGGGGGCGAAUGGUCCAAAACGAUGAUUGGAAUAAUUUACUAUAAAACUAAAAGGUUUUUUUCCCCCCUUUUUGUGAAUAUAUUAAAAGGUUACUAUUGAAUAUUGAUUGAAUCCUUGUUCACCUCGUGAGCCUAGUGACCAGAUGGCAGAUGGAAGGCUCUUCCAAUAUUGUUGGUAUUUUUUUUUUUUUUCUUCUUUUGGUAAUAUCCAAUAUUCUUUUGGUAACAUAAUGGAAACAAAACCCAAAAAAUAAAUAAAUAAAUAAAUAAUAGAGCACAAAAGAACAAAAACAAAACAAAACAAAAUCUCCCUCGAGAUUUGUGACAAAUCUUCUAUAUAAAAACCCACAAAAGUUAACCGAAUGCAUCCAUAGGAUUGUCUCUUCAAAGGACUAGCUAGAAAGGAAAAUAAAAACAUCAUAAUGUUAGAAGGGUCGGGUUUUGCUAUACUGUCAAUAUAUAUGGAGACGCAGCUCAGAUGGUAGAGCCUGAGCACUCGCUUGGUUGCUCUUUUUUACAUACUUCCACAUACACUGUUUGGUUAAAAUGCAAUCUAUUAUUAACAUUAAUUUAUUUGAUUUGUCUAUAUAUAUAUAUAUAUAUAUAUAUAUAAUUUUGGAAAAA